AUGAGCAGCGUCGGCUACUACAACACCUACUACCAGCAGCAGUCGCAGACCUACACCGUCCCGCCAGUCACCGCAGGCUGCGAGCACAAGCGCUCGUCGGGCUGCAACAACACCACCAACAACACCAAUAACAGCAAUAACGUGGGCGGCCAGUCCCAGUCGUCGCCAAAGUGCUGCUACUGCAACAGCCCGGCGUCGCUGUCGACGGGCUUGGCGGGGAACUUGUCAACUCUGAGGGAAUAUUGCCCGCCGUGUAGAGCUUUCUGGGCCCGCAAGCUCCAGCUCGGCUCCAGCGACGCCAGCAAACCCUCCCCCAUCUCCUCCUCCUCCUCCUCCACCAACAGCAACAGCAACAGCAACAGCAACAAUCCCAGCGCCCCGCGCGAAACCGCCAACACAUCAAGCAUCAACUACUACUCGCGCCUCAGCGCGCCCUUCAGCACGGUCCCCUACAUCCCGCAGGCCGUCCCGCAGCCCAGCCUCAGCUCGCCCUCGCGCUCCAAUUCCAUCACCACCCCCACACGCCAGUUCAAGCCCUCCGCGACACCGCAGGCCGGCCCGCCAAACGCAAAGAAGCGCCCCCGCCCCGAGCAGCAGCACAAGCACUCGAGCUCCGAGAGCAAUGCGGGCGGCUCCGGCUCGUACAAGCGCUCCGGCAGCGGCAGCGGCGAGAGCUCGUCGGCGGGGCAGUCGCAGGCGGGGGGCGGGAGGUUGGCGUAUGCGUGUCCGGCCGUCAGGGCCAUGAACUCGAGGAGUGCGUCGGCGGCGAUGGGGGAGGCCGAUAGGAGGUGGACGCUGGCGAACCCGUAUGGUGUGCCGGGCGGGGUGCAGAUCUUGCAGGGUGAUGCGCCGGCGGCGGAGGGGGGUAGUAGAUUGAGGCCUGCGGGGACGUCGGCGAGUAGCAGUGGAGGGUUCCAGACGUAUAAGCCGCCGAGCCCGACGUAUGCCCCGGCGGGCUUGAGUAUCAAUACGGCGACGCCGAGCUCGGUGCGGAGUAGUAGUAUGAGUUACCAGAAUUACAAGCCGCCGAAGGGGCCGAGUUACCAGCCGUAUCGGCCGGGUGCUGCGUCGACGCCUACGAGUCCUAAUAACGAUACGCCUUCAGCGGCAUCACAAUCACAUCUAAGCACCGCUUCGCAGCCACGGCCAAACACAGCAGCUCAUAUACGCUCAAAUUCUACGUCAACACCGCUAGCUACAGUCACAGCAGGAGGAAACACAAUAAUCCCCGACCCCCCCGCACGCAACCCAAACAGAAACAUCCCCGAAAGCCCAACACUGGCACCAGAAUUCAGCCCAAUCCAAACCUCCUCCAGAACGGCGAGUAGUCUACGGCUGGGGGAUAAUACGAUAUCUACACGGUCAGACUCGGCCCCGCGCGUGGGAGCGCCCAUCCCGGCGGCGGAACGCUUCCGCACACGCAGCUGGGACGGCGCGCCUGUGAGGGAAGCUAAUGAGGGGACCUGGGCCGCGGAGCUGGCGAAUGAGUUCUUACCGCCGCCUUGGGCUACGGCUGCCGCAAAUGCUGCUAGUGAACAGAAUGCAAAUGCUAGCUCUGCUAAUAAUACCCCUACCGCCCAGUCAACAUCUCGCAGCACGCAGAAUAGUGGGGCCCCGCCAGCCAGCCCUUCAGUGGAAAGUCCGGCCCCGCGGCUACCGUCACAGACGGGUGCGCGCACGGGUAUGGAUUGGCUGGAUUGGGGCACCUUGUCGAACUCGCCCGCGUUCUCGGGUUCGGUGUCUACGACGGGUACGGGUACAGGCUCAGGGCCAGGGUCUUCUACAGCGGCACCGAUAAUAUCCUGGGGGUUUGGCGACGCGCGGAGGAACACUGUUGCUGGCCCGCCCCCCCGACAGGAUGCGGCGGCGCCGGACUCGCCGGCGAGCGCGAGGCGCAAGUUGGUCGUGUCGUCGUCGACGGCGAGUAGGACUGCGCGGCCGUCUGGGCAGUUGCAUCCGGCGCCGUUUGACGCGCCCUUGCAGUAUAGGAGCCAGUAUCCGCCGCCGAUGGAGACGGCGAUUCCGCCGCAUCAGACGCCGCCGGUGUUUUUGAUGGCGGGUGCGGGUGGGGGGUGGACGACAGGGACGGGGACGGGGACGGGGGCGACGGGGGCGACGGGGGCGACGGGGGCGACGGGGGCGGGGGGGACGGGGGCGGGGGCGGGGGCGGGUUCGCUACACCAAGACCUAGACGUCUGGCCAAUAGAUUCCUUCUUGGGCCUCGAAUCAUUUCAGCCAGCCCCUGCCCCCGCCACCGCCGCCCGCCGCGAACAGCAGCCGCAAACAACCACCCGCCAGGAGCACCAACCUCCCCAGGCCGCCGACCGCCGGGAAAGCGAUGCCAACUCGCGCUGGGGCGUUAGUGUGGUCCCGCCGGCGGAAAAUGCGACCCGGAGCCAGGAAUCGCCCAGGGUAAGGCGGAAUAAUAGAUCUCCGCAGAACCAGUCCCCGCAGGAGGGUAGGACGCCGCAGAGUAGGUCGCCGAGGCAGCGCGGGCGACGAUCACCGCAGAGGGCGUCGCCGACUACGACGCCGCCGCUGCCGCAGCAGUUGGCGGAGCUGGCGCCGGCGCCGGCACCACAAGCACAAGCACAAGCACAAGCACAAGCACAACCGCAAGCACAACCGCAAGCACUACCGCGAGCGUCAGCUUCACCGCCCGUAAUUCCGCCCAUCAUCUCAAUCUCGUCGUCGCCCGUGGCGCCGGGCGAGGAAUGGGAGACGUGGGACGCGGCCGCAUGGACGGCUGCGGCGGCCGCGAACGACGCUGUGCCGGCGGGGCAGGCUGACGUGGGCAAGAUGGCCGAGGACGCGUCGGUGCUGCUGGAGCUGUUUUUCAAGACGAAGCCGCGCAGGAAUGCGGAUAUCGGCGCGGACCACCGGGAGAUGGUUGAGAAUGCGUAUCGUGCGGUGAUGAAUAUUAGGAGGGAGAUUGGCGGUGAUGAUGAGGUUGUGGUGGUGGGGGAGAGGGAGGUGGAGGGGGCGGAGGCGAAGGGGAAGAAGAAGGGGGUGGGGGCAGGGACGGGGGGAGUGGCGGAUGCGGAUGAUUGUAUUGUGUGUUUUAGUAGUUAUGCGGAUACGGUGCUGUUGCCGUGUAAGCAUAUGGUGCUUUGUGGGGAAUGCUGUGAUAAAAUGAAGUUUAAGGAGCAGAAUCAUACGGUGUUGGCGAAAGUGUACUGCCCGGUUUGUAGGGCUGUUGUUGAUGAUAGGAUGAAAAUAUACCGCGGUUAA